AUGACUGGUACCUUCGUACGUACCAUGAGCCGGGUGUCUAUGGCCGAUGUGAAAGAUGUUGUUGCCAUCGCAGACAAUAUUAUAGCUUUGAAGGAUCGACGCGGUAUGCAGUUCGACAGUGAUCCGAGCAUGAUUAUGGGUACAAUCGCAGUAACUCACGAGGACAAACCGAGGUUUGUACCGGUUCAGGCCAAGUACGAUACAGGCAGCGAAGCCAACUUCAUAGCCGCUGGAUUUUUGGAGAAACACAACUUGUCCGCCCUCUUGCAGAAGCUUCCCAAGGACGAUUGCUUUCGCGGCCUGAACAAAUGCGACUAUCCUGUCAGUCACACGAUCACUCUGGACUGGUGCGCCAUGACGAUGAACAAAGUACGCAAGACGCAGUUUCAUGUCGUCGAGGAAGUGCCUUUCGAUAUCAUAAUAGGCAAUCCGUUCAUUAUGGACAAUCGUGUGUUCCAGUCAACGCGGGUUGCCCUACCAUGCAGAUUCCCAAGUUAUUUUGAUGGUAAGUAG